GCUGCCAUGUAUAUAGUCCUAACCAACAGUCAGGAACAGCAACAAAAGUAAGCCAAGAAUCUCUCUGCCUCCCACCAACAACCACACACACUCACAGCUUUGGUCAUGGAGGUCACCCCCAACCACACGCAGACCGUCUCCGGCUGGGCCGCCAUGGACGAGUCCGGCAAGAUCGUGCCCUUCGUCUUCAAGAGAAGGGAGAACGGGGUGGACGACGUGACGAUCAAGGUGAAGUACUGCGGGAUGUGCCACACGGACCUGCACUUCAUCCACAACGACUGGGGGAUCACCAUGUACCCGGUGGUGCCGGGGCACGAGAUCACCGGCGUGGUGACCAAGGUGGGCACCAACGUGGCCGGGUUCAAGGUGGGCGACCGCGUGGGCGUGGGGUGCAUCGCGGCGUCGUGCCUCGACUGCGAGCACUGCCGGCGGUCGGAGGAGAACUACUGCGACAAGGUGGCGCUCACCUACAACGGCAUCUUCUGGGACGGCAGCAUCACCUACGGCGGCUACUCCGGCAUGCUGGUGGCGCACAAGCGGUUCGUCGUGCGGAUCCCGGACACCCUCCCGCUGGACGCCGCGGCGCCGCUGCUGUGCGCGGGCAUCACGGUGUACAGCCCCAUGAAGCAGCACGGCAUGCUGCAGGCCGACGCGGCCGGCCGGCGGCUCGGCGUGGUCGGCCUCGGCGGCCUCGGCCACGUCGCCGUCAAGUUCGGCAAGGCGUUCGGCCUCCACGUCACCGUCAUCAGCACGUCUCCGGCCAAGGAGCGCGAGGCCAGGGAGAACCUCAAGGCCGACAACUUCGUCGUCAGCACCGACCAGAAGCAGAUGCAGGCUAUGACGAGGAGCCUUGACUACAUCAUUGACACGGUCGCGGCGACGCACUCUCUGGGUCCGAUCCUGGAGCUGCUCAAGGUCAACGGCAAGCUGGUGCUCGUGGGCGCGCCGGAGAAGCCCGUCGAGCUCCCUUCCUUCCCUCUCAUCUUCGGUAAGAGGACGGUGAGUGGGAGCAUGACGGGUGGGAUGAAGGAGACGCAGGAGAUGAUGGACAUUUGCGGGGAGCACAACAUCACCUGCGACAUCGAGAUCGUGUCCACGGACAGGAUCAACGAUGCGCUCGCCAGGUUGGCGCGCAACGACGUCCGCUACCGCUUCGUCAUCAACGUUGGGGGCGACUCCAAGCUCUAGACUCAUGCUACUAUCAUAUUGCUACCUAGUACCAACCUCCAUGCCUUUCUUAAUUUAAUUUAUUGGAGGCUCUGCACGCAGAAUGGGACAGUUCGAGCUGUCGUUUUCUCGUUGGCCACGUGAAGUAACUGUACGCACUUUGUACUUAUUCGAGAAAUGAUCAGUGAUAAAUCAUCAAUGGCCUUAUUUUAUUCUUAA